AUGCCCCGGAAUACGGUACAGCCCAAUGCCUGGGUAGCACUGAAGCUUCCUAGUGGAAACGUGAAAAUCUUACAAAUAACGCCCAACACAACCGUGAGCUUGGGGAAAUACGGCUCCUUUCCCAGCAACCUGCUUCUCGACCGCCCGUACCACCUCACCUACGAAGUCCAAGACAAGCGCGAGCCCGAGACAUUUUCGCGACUGCGCGUCGUGCCCGGCACGGAGCUCAACGCCGAUGCGCUCAUAGACACGACGGCAGAAGACGAAGCGGCGAACGCCACGCCCGAAGCGGAGCCUGCCGCCGAAAACAGCGAUGACGUGAACGAAGCCAUGAUUGCGGCGGCUGUGGGCGAAGAGCUCGCCCUUGCCGAUGGGGAGGAGGAGAUUGUCGAAGGCAGCACCGAAAAAAGCGUCGUCACGCGCAAGACGUUUGACGAGCGGGCGCGCCAAACGCUGACGACGGAGGAGAUUGAGGAGCUCAAACGAAAAGGUGCGGGCGCGGGCAGGGAGAUUGUCGCCAAGUUGCUGGUGCGUCACACGGCGAUUGACCAAAAGACUGCCUACUCGCUGGCAAAGUACAAGCUGCUCAAGGAGAAGAAAUAUGUGCGCCGCUUUACGGUCCUGCCGUUGGACGUGCCCAUGCUGGCGCAGUGGAUGCUUGAGGACAAGGACGCCAGCAAGAUUCUGGAAAUGCGACAGGAACUGCUGGCGCUGGUCGGGUGCUGGGCCGACGUGCACUUUGGCGGCCUGCCUGUCGAGGGCGCGACGACGCCGCACGGAGGCAGAUGGCUCGCAGUCGACGAUACCGGCGGUCUAUUAGUCGUCGCCAUGGCUGAGAGAAUGGGCAUCCUCUACCGUGACGAGAACGAAGAGGAUCUGCAAGAGGACGAGACGGAGCCGGUGCCGGCGCAAGAUCCUGCCACAGAAGAUGCCAACGGCGGCGUCGAAGAAGACGCCGCCUCGACGACGACGCGCCCGCCGCCACGCAAAAGGCCGUACAAGGACGACCUCGCGCCGCACUACGCGCUCCGCAACUCCAUCACCGUCGUGCACGCCAACUCGCAGCCGAACCUGUCGCUGCUGCGCUACUUUGGCUUCGACGCCAGCGACCCGAACCCGCAGGAGCCCUACCACCCGCUCGCCACGCACCUGCUCCCCGUCAGCUGGCUACAGGUGCUGUCGCCGGACGACGACCCCGCGUACGCGGACCGUCCCGCCGACGUGCCUCUCGAGGAGCUCGCCACGUGGAAGACGAACCGCCGCGGCAACUACCACCGCAAGCGCCGCCGGUGGGCGCGCACCCGGCAAAUCGUCGACGGCACCCGCGCGGGCGGCUUCGCGGGGCUUGCCGUCGCCAGCACCAUGGACCCCGUGUCCGUCUUGCGCAGCGCGCUGCCGCUGCUCGCCGGCGGGAGCCCCGUCGCCAUCUACUCGCCCACGGUGGAGCCCCUCGCCCAGCUGGCCGACUGCUUCAGCAUCGGGCGCCGCGCCGCGUGGGUCACGAGCCCGCCUCCCGCCGCCGAGGGCAAGUCGCUCACGGAACUCGAGUCGUGGGACGGCUCGGCUGAGUUUCCUAUAAACCCGACGCUCAUGGUCGGCGUGUCGGUGCAGACGAGCAGGGCCAAGCGCUGGCAGGUAUUGCCGGGCAGGACGCAUCCGUUGAUGAUGGGCAAGGGUGGUGCCGAAGGGUACUUGUUUACGGGGUGGAGGGCGAUUCCGGCAGAGGGAAGAAUAUCGGCGCGCGGCAAGUUUACAAAGCGAAGGAUGUAG